CUGAAUCCCGCCCGGGUAGGAGGAGGGGGAGAGCCUGUGUUUCCCCGUCACAGUGAUCUGAACACUGGGGAAGCUCAAGCUUGGGAUCCGCUACGUCAAACAGAUUAGUGAAAUAACCUCUCGGAGUAGGACAUACCUCUCCCCCCCACAAUACAAUCCCCUCCCGCCUUGGGCUUGCCUGGCUGCAUGCAAGGGCUCAGGAGGCAAGCUAGACUGUGCUGACAAAAAGCCAGGAAGCCCUUGGCGAAAUAGAGAAGUACAUUACUUUUCUUUCUUUCUUUCUUUUUUUUGGGGCUGGGUGAGACGGCGUCUCUCUCGCUCUCUCUCUCUCUCUCUCUUCUUCUCCUCCCCCCACCCCCUGUGCGAAAUGGCGAAAGAAAACGGCGAGUCCAGCGAUGGAUCUUGGAAAAAGCAUGUCGAUGAUAUCAAGAAAAUAUUUGACUUCAGAGAAGUCCUCGGGACUGGCGCGUUUUCUGAAGUGGUGAUGGCUCGAGAGAAGGCCACAGGAAAGAUGGUUGCAAUCAAGUGCAUCCCGAAAAAAGCGCUCAAGGGGAAGGAGACAAGCAUUGAAAAUGAAAUUGCUGUCCUGAGGAAGAUAAAGCAUGAGAAUAUAGUGGCUCUGGAGGAUAUCUACGAGAGCUCAAACCACCUGUACCUCAUAAUGCAGCUGGUGUCUGGAGGCGAGCUGUUUGACCGCAUUGUAGAAAAGGGCUUCUACACAGAGAUGGAUGCCAGUCGGCUCAUUCGGCAAGUUUUGGACGCAGUCAACUAUUUGCACUCCAUGGGAAUAGUACACAGAGACCUAAAGCCUGAGAACUUGUUGUACUUCAGUCCUCACGAUGACUCAAAGAUCAUGAUCAGUGACUUUGGCCUGUCAAAGAUGGAGGGGACAGGUGGCGUGAUGGCCACCGCCUGUGGGACACCUGGAUACGUCGCUCCUGAGGUUUUAGCACAGAAGCCCUACAGUAAAGCUGUGGACUGCUGGUCUAUUGGGGUCAUUGCUUAUAUUCUGCUUUGCGGUUACCCUCCUUUCUAUGAUGAGAAUGAUUCGAAGCUGUUUGAACAGAUCCUUAAGGCAGACUAUGAGUUUGACGCGCCGUAUUGGGAUGAUAUAUCUGACUCUGCCAAAGACUUCAUCAGCUGCCUAAUGGAAAAGGAUCCAGAGAAGAGGUUUACUUGCGAUCAGGCUCUUCAGCACCCCUGGAUUGCUGGAGACACUGCUCUCCGUAAGAACAUACAUGAAUCAGUCAGUCGACAGAUGCGGAAAAACUUUGCCAAAAGCAAAUGGAGGCAAGCCUUUAACGCGACCGCUGUGAUCCGCCACAUGAGACGCCUGCAGCUGGGCACCAGCUUUGGCAGCAGCAUCUCAAGCACCAACUCUGUGUCCAGCCCUCAGAGCCGAGCUCCAGCCAAGAGCCAAUCUGUGGACUGCGCCCCGCUCUCCUUGAAGGACUGUCACCCAAUAGAUCCUUUGCCAUCUACUGCUAAAGCGUACAAUCAGGACUCUGAUGUCCCCUCUCCCGCUCGAGAGGAGCCACCAGUGGGAGAUGAACUGCCCAGGCCACGACCCUCCACUGUUACUGUCAUCCACACUGGGACUAAAUGACGCCAGGUUCCGCGGGAGGUGAGCGGGGAGACCACGGAGCUUUGAGACGGGGUGGGGAAGGGAAAAAAAACCAUCCCAGGCCUCGUAAUUCAGUGUCGUUGCCCAGUUUGCCCAUCCCGCCACCUCCCAUCAGUUUCUGCCUAAAACGGGAGGAAUUUAAGGAGCGCUGGCUCAGCUCCAUUUGGAUCAGCACACCCCCCUCCUUUUCACCCUGCUUCCGUCAUUUAUACUCGGAAGUACAGACUGGGGAGGGGGAGCCUCUCACCUGAAGGUGUUACUGUGGAGGCCACGUUCAGCCUGGAUCUGGGUUGUCUGGCAGAUAAAAGAGCAGCUGGUCUUGGAAGUGCCACACUAAAGGAAACUUAUUAUUGAAGCUGCUGUCAUUAUUUUUUGACGGGACUUUCCACUGUAUGCCUUGUGUAAAUGUCCUGCCUGGAACUGUUGAGUGGAGUUGUGUUAUGCAAGUGAAAUAUAAGCUUCAAGCUGUGGUAAAUAAUUGUGACAUCAUCCGCACGCUGAACUUCUCGGUGUUUUAUUAUUAUUAUUAUUAUUUUUUUUUUUGGACAGCUCUCGUUAAUUUGCUGCAGUGGCUCACAGCAUCACAACUCCCAACAGUAUGAUGGUAACGUGUUGUUUCUUUUGCUUUUAAGUGUGUGGACAGGAAACUGGAGCGGGACGGUGUGUUUCAAUCAUGGCUGUGAUCUCUGAGAGGACCGUGCGCUGCACUAAUGUAUUGGAAUAUUUAUUUUCUUAUAAUAUGUUAUGACUUUUGUAAGGAUACCAGUUGCAGAAUCAUGUAAAUGUGUUAUUAAACCAAACUGAAGUUGUUGAAUUGUAUGACGCAGUGUCUACUAGUUGCUAGUUUGUAAUUGCUGUUUUAUUUGAUGAAUUUAAUGGAAGUGACUGUGAAGUCCUCCUUGACCACAUGAGGGCAACCAUGUGUUGUUGCUCUGUGACCAGUUCUCAGGGAUCUGCAGGGACGUGAACGUGAAGCUGACCAAACUCCUCGAAGUGAUCAAACUCUACUGUUUUGAACGGGGGUAGUGAAGUUGUUCCUUCAGUUACUGCAUAUUAUUCUAAUGUGCCAGUGAGAGAGUUUGAGUUUCUUUAAGAGCAUUAGUACAGAACAGGUUGCUUUUUUGUUCCCUUUAAAAACCUUGAAUUAUAUUUGGGUGUAAAGAAAGUGUUCACCAGUGACGUGUGCAUUUCUAUAUGUAUUUAAAAAAUGUAAAAUUACAAAUGAAUGCGAAUGUAUUCUGGUUAAUUUUGCUCCCAUCGCGGGGUCGAGAUCAGUCAAAUCCGUAAUGUCCAGUUGAGUAGUUGAAAUAUCGUGCUCUCUGCUUCCGCUUGUGAAGUGGCUGGUCUGAAAACAGCCCGCUCACUCGGUGUUGAAUCACUGUGCUCUCAUACCAGCCUGUUGAAUUUAGCAGAAAGACACUUUCUCCUCCUCUCUGCUGCUCGCUCUCUGCAGACUUUCACACAGAGGAGUGACGGGAUCUGUCUUUGUAUUUUCUCUAUGGUAACCAUUGGAUUUUACCAGCUCAAUAUGGAAGAAACACUUCAUUAGGACAUGUUGAGGGUUUUACUAUCUUGAAUUAUCCAAAAAAAAAUAUAUAUCAAAAUGUACUUUGAGCUUUUACUUAUUGUAAAUACAAAUCUCAACAACAUUUUGCUUGGGUUGUGAGUAUUUAUUAUGGUCUUCCCUAUAUUUUGCCCCCCCCCCAAAAAAAAAAAUCCCACCCGGAUUGUUAAAAGAAUGCAAAUUAUAAAGCCCUGAAAGCCCCUCAGUAUGCAUGUAUUACAUAUUAUUCCUGAAAUGUACUUUGGAGUUGUAGAGAUUCAUGUAUUAAAAAGAAGCUUGUUUACA